AUGUCGUCUCUUAGCAGGGAGCUGGUUUUCCUCAUCCUGCAGUUCCUCGAUGAGGAGAAGUUCAAGGAGACGGUGCACAAGCUGGAGCAGGAGUCGGGCUUCUACUUCAACAUGAAGCACUUCGAGGACCUCGUGCAGGGCGGCGAGUGGGACGAGGUGGAGAGGUACCUCAGCGGCUUCACCAAGGUGGAGGACAACCGCUACUCCAUGAAGAUCUUCUUUGAGAUCCGCAAGCAGAAGUACCUCGAGGCCCUUGAUAGGCAUGAUAGGGCCAAGGCUGUGGAGAUUCUCGUGAAGGAUCUGAAGGUGUUCGCCUCCUUCAAUGAGGAGCUGUUCAAGGAGAUAACACAGCUGCUGACCUUGGAGAAUUUUAGGCAAAAUGAGCAGCUGUCCAAGUACGGGGACACAAAGUCAGCCCGGAAUAUCAUGCUUUUGGAGCUCAAAAAGCUCAUUGAAGCAAACCCCCUGUUCCGGGACAAGCUGAAUUUCCCACCAUUCAAAGCUUCCAGGCUUCGCACAUUGAUCAAUCAAAGUCUGAACUGGCAACAUCAGCUCUGCAAGAACCCCAGACCAAACCCUGACAUCAAGACACUCUUUACUGAUCACUCUUGUGCUGCUCCUACCAAUGGAGCAAGAGCACCUCCACCUACCAAUGGUCCGCUUGUUGGAUCCAUCCCUAAGUCAGCUGGAUUUCCACCAAUGGGUGCUCAUGCUCCAUUUCAACCUGUGGUGUCGCCAUCUCCAAACGCAAUUGCAGGUUGGAUGACAAAUGCCAACCCCUCUUUGCCUCAUGCUGCUGUUGCACAAGGACCACCUGGUCUCGUUCAGGCUCCAAACACAGCGGCAUUUCUAAAGCAUCCUAGAACCCCUACAAGUGCACCUGGCAUUGAUUACCAAUCUGCAGAUUCAGAACAUCUCAUGAAAAGAAUGCGUGUUGGACAACCAGAUGAGGUAUCUUUCUCUGGUGCAAGCCAUCCUGCCAAUAUGUACACACAAGAAGACCUUCCCAAACAAGUUUCUCGUACCCUUAAUCAGGGUUCUAAUGUUAUGAGCCUGGAUUUCCACCCCCUUCAACAAACCAUUCUUUUAGUUGGAACAAAUGUUGGUGACAUUGCGGUGUGGGAAGUUGGUUCACGGGAAAGGAUAGCUCACAAGACUUUCAAAGUUUGGGAUAUUAGUUCCUGUACCUUGCCUUUGCAGGCUUCGCUGAUGAAAGAUGCUGCAAUAUCUGUCAAUAGAUGUCUGUGGAGCCCAGAUGGAACUAUUCUAGGUGUUGCUUUCUCAAAGCAUAUUGUUCAGACAUAUACUUUUGUCCCUAAUGGAGAUUUGCGGCAGCAAGCAGAGAUUGAUGCACACAUCGGUGGGGUUAAUGAUAUAGCCUUCUCUCACCCUAAUAAAACUCUAUCUAUCAUUACAUGUGGUGAUGAUAAACUCAUUAAGGUGUGGGAUGCUCAAACAGGACAAAAGCAGUACACUUUUGAAGGCCAUGAAGCUCCUGUGUAUUCUGUAUGCCCUCACUACAAGGAGUCCAUUCAGUUUAUCUUCUCUACUGCCAUUGAUGGGAAAAUCAAGGCAUGGUUGUAUGAUUGCUUGGGCUCAAGAGUUGACUAUGAUGCUCCGGGACAUUGGUGUACUACCAUGGCUUACAGUGCUGAUGGUACAAGACUAUUCUCUUGUGGUACUAGUAAAGAAGGUGAUUCACACUUGGUUGAAUGGAAUGAGACUGAAGGGGCUAUUAAGAGGACAUACAAUGGCUUCAGGAAACGUUCACUCGGUGUUGUUCAGUUUGACACAACUAGGAAUCGCUUCUUGGCUGCCGGAGAUGAAUUUCUUGUUAAAUUCUGGGAUAUGGAUAACAAUAACAUACUAACAACAACAGACUGUGACGGUGGACUGCCAGCAAGCCCUCGUCUGAGAUUCAAUAGAGAAGGUUCAUUACUUGCAGUUACAACAAGUGAUAAUGGAAUAAAAAUACUUGCCAAUACUGAUGGACAGCGCUUGCUUAGGAUGCUUGAGAGUAGAGCAUUUGAUGGCUCUAGAGGACCUCCUCAACAAAUAAAUACCAAGCCUUCAAUUGUUGCCCUUGGUCCUGUUUCAAAUGUCAGCAGUCCUAUAGCAGUAAAUGCCGAGCGACCUGAUCGGAUCUUGCCUGCAGUGUCGACAAGUGUCUUGGCACCUAUGGAUCCAAGUAGAACUCCUGAUGUUAAACCAAGAAUAACAGAUGAAUCUGAAAAGGUCAAAACCUGGAAGUUGGCUGACAUUGUUGACAAUGGACAUCUUCGAGCCCUGCAUUUGACAGACACGGACACGAACCCAAGCAAAGUUGUCCGUUUGUUAUAUACAAAUAAUGGGAUUGCACUCUUGGCUCUUGGCUCCAAUGCUGUUCAUAAGUUGUGGAAAUGGCAACGGGGCGACAGAAAUCCUAGCGGCAAGUCUACUGCAUCUGUUGCACCUCACCUGUGGCAACCAGCAAAUGGGAUUCUGAUGACAAAUGACACGAACGAUGGCAACCCAGAAGAAGCAACCGCCUGCAUUGCAUUGUCCAAAAAUGACUCCUAUGUUAUGUCUGCCUCUGGUGGCAAAGUCUCUUUGUUCAAUAUGAUGACAUUCAAGGUUAUGACUACUUUCAUGGCACCUCCGCCUGCUGCAACUUUCCUUGCAUUCCACCCACAAGAUAAUAAUAUCAUCGCUAUUGGAAUGGAGGACUCUACCAUCCAAAUCUACAAUGUCCGCAUUGAUGAUGUCAAAAGUAAGCUCAAGGGACAUCAGAAGAAGAUUACUGGGCUGGCCUUUUCUCAAUCAAUGAAUGUGCUAGUAUCAUCAGGUGCUGAUGCUCAGCUAUGUGUGUGGAGUAUUGAUGGUUGGGAAAAAAAGAAAUCAAGAUAUAUUCAACCCCCAUCAAACCGACCUGGCACUUUGGUUGGUGAUACAAGGGUGCAGUUCCACAAUGACCAGACACAUCUUUUGGUAGUCCAUGAGAGCCAAUUGGCAAUCUAUGAUGGAAAUCUUGAAUGUUUGCGCUCGUGGUCUCCAAGAGAUGCACUCCCAGCUCCGAUAUCAAGUGCAAUAUACUCGUGUGAUGGUCUUUUGGUCUAUGCUGCAUUCUGUGAUGGUGCUAUUGGAGUCUUUGAAGCAGAAUCUCUUAGGUUGCGCUGCCGGAUUGCUCCUUCCGCUUACAUUCCACCUUCAAUACUUGCCUGUGCUGGACGGGUUUACCCGUUGGUAGUUGCUGCUCAUCCCAUGGAGCCUAACCAGAUCGCACUUGGCAUGAGCGAUGGUAAAGUCCAUGUGGUGGAGCCUUUAGACGGGGACCCAAAGUGGGGAACAACGCCACCUCAGGACAAUGGAGCGCACCCAGCAAUAUCAGCAGCACCAUCAGCCGCUACCAACCAGGCAUCUGAUCAGCCAACGAGGUGA